AUGUCAAAUCUCCGCCUCACAAUCGAAAAUGGCAAGUUCUGCGAUACCAACGGCAGGCAGGUGAUUCUACGGGGCAUCAAUGUCGCCGGCGAGGCCAAGUAUCCCAGCAAACCCAACCAGCCUUCGCACGUGGCGAACAAUUUCUUCGACGGCGACAAAGUCAGCUUCGUCGGCCGGCCAUUCCCUAAAGACGAUGCGCAUCUCCACUUUUCACGAUUGAAACGCUGUGGCUACAACACUAUCCGCUAUGUCUUCACCUGGGAGGCCAUCGAGGCCGCCCGGUUCCCGGGCAUCUACGACCGGAGUUCGUGGAUUGAAAGAGACGAUCGAGGCUGUUUGAGAGCCGGCAAAAAGUUUACGGGUUCUUAUAUUUUUAUGGAUCCCCAUCAGGAUGUGUGGUCUCGGUUCUCCGGAGGAUCGGGCGCGCCCAUGUGGACGCUCUACGCCGCCGGACUCAAUCCUGAGAAUUUCGCCGUGACCGAAGCUGCCAUCGUCCACAACACGUACCCCGACCCCAACGCAUUCCCAAAGAUGAUUUGGUCAACAAACUACUUCCGCCUGGCUGCUGCCACCAUGUUCACUCUCUUCUUUGCCGGCAAGGAUUUUGCACCAAAGUGUAUCAUCGACGGAAUAAACAUACAAGAUUAUCUGCAGGGGCACUUCCUCCGCGCCUGCGCCCAUCUCGCGAGGCGCAUCCAUGAAGCCGGGGACAUUGAGAACGAGGUUGUAUUUGGCUGGGAGAGCAUGAACGAGCCAAACAAGGGCAUGGUCGGCUACGAGGAUAUCAGCGUCAUACCAAAAGAACAAGCUCUAAAGAAAGGAACAUGCCCGACGAUCUGGCAAACCAUGCUUGCGGGGUCUGGGCGAGCCGUCGACGUCGAGAUGUGGGACAUGGGUGGGCUCGGCCCAUAUAAGGUAGGGCGAACUAUGAUUGAUCCCCAGGGCGAGAUUGCUUGGCUUCCAAGCGACUAUGAUGAUUCCCGCUACGGUUAUAAAAGGGACCCUGGGUGGAAGUUGGGCGAGUGCAUAUGGGCCCAACAUGGCGUGUGGGAUCCAUCUACGGACACGCUUUUGAAGAAGGACUAUUUCGGAAAGCACCCGACAACCGGGGACACCAUCGACUACCCUUACUUCACUAACAACUAUCUCAUGGACCACUUCCGGAAAUACCGCGACAUGGUGUGCUCCGUGGGCCGGUAUUGGCAUCCGGCCUUGGCCAUCAAGCUGGGCGAGACUGCCAUCCGGAACUGCUUCAGGGACCAACACGCGGCCAUGAGGCAGGAGGGUCUUGACCGCAUAGGAAACCACCCGUGUGUGAUGACGGAAUUCGGCAUCCCCUACGACAUGGACGACAAGUAUGCAUACAAGACGGGCGACUACUCGAGUCAAUCGGCCGCUAUGGACGCCAAUCACUUCGGAGUAGAAGCUGCCGGUCUUGAGGGCUACACUUUGUGGCUUUAUAUGGCCUCGAACGACCAUGAAAAUGGAGAUCAAUGGAACGGCGAAGAUCUCUCCAUUGUCUCGGUUGACGACAAGCUGCUUCCUCUCUCGGCGCGUCCCAAGACGCCAGAGGUUCAGGACUCGACGUCAAACCUGCAGCCCCCGACUCCGAGGAAAGAGUUGGAUGACGACGAAAGUGUGACCCCAGCUAAUAUCAAACGCACCAUCACGAACCCUUCAAUAUCAUCCGAGGCUACCUCGCGCCAGCCCGAACUAACAUCGUCUCCGGGAUACCGGGCAGCCGAGGCGUACGAUGCCUGCUCGGUCGAGGUGAGCUCCGGGAAAUGGGAGAUCAGCAGCGACGAGGAGGAGACGGUGCUCAUCCAGCGGCUGCGCUGGUGGCACGGCAAGGGUGAGCAGACGUUGAAGGUCUCGGGUGUUGUCAAGAAGCACAACAUUGGAGAGGGUGCGGAAGAUUCCGGGUAUUAUGAGCAGUGUAAUCAGGGCGCGUGGAGCAAUUGCACCGUCAUAUGA